CCCACAAAGUUAAAUAAAUAUAAAUGUCAAUAGUUAAAUACGCCAUGAAAUAUAUAAAUAAUAUAUAAUAAAUAUCUUGCUCAUGAAAUAAAUACUUUGUGAAUAGUUUCAAUGAAAUUAUUUGAUAUUAUAUUUCACAAUUGAAUUAUUUACAGGAGAAGUUAACAAAUACUUUCACAUUUGAAUUCUUUCAUAUUUUAUUCUAUAUUUAUUUGGCUUUAUAUUUAUGUAAUGCUUUGCACAAAACCCCUCCAUGCAAUACUCCUUCCUACCUCUAUAUGUUUUUUAUAGAGUGCAUUUGUACUUCUAUACUACGUGCACCAAAUGAUUCUUGAUCUCGCAUCCAUAGUAUAUAGUCAUUUUUUCAAUUUUUUAGAAUUUAAAAUGAUGCCUCAUGCAAGUGCAUGCUGCUUCGUACCUCCUUUAAGCCCCCCUAGAGGCAAAACGUUGUUGUCCUUGUCCUUGAUUUAGAAGUAAUUUGGUGAAAAACAAUCGUAGAAAAUGUUGUAUUUAAUAGAUAAGAUGUCAUUUUUACGAGGUGACUGAACUGUGGGCAAAUCUGAUCCAUAUUUCACGUCCUUGUCUAUUUUAAUUUAUGAGUAAUGCAUUUUCCCAUAGAAAUGUCUUUUUUGACACGCUAGCACAAACCAACAGGAGGUCAUCAAAUCCUCACUCCCGGCGCAACCCAAAACAUACGGCACCCCACAGACUAUGCGGGUUAUGAAAUAAAUGCUUAAACAUUAAUAUACAUGCAAAACAAUACUAUUUUAUACUAAUGGAUUACCCGCAAGGCAUGCUGGGUAACUUUAUGUUGUGGAUAUAUGCGCCUUGGCCUUCCCCCAAUUUUUUCAGUGUCCUCUGUGGUGGACAUCGGGACUUACGAUGCUGAAAUGCAUGUAAAGUGUGUGACAUGCAGUUCAUUGCAUGACUGAAAAAGUAAGGCAUGAAAUUUACAAAAUGGAAAAAAUGCGUUUUGUGUGCAUUAAUAAUGGAAUAUAAUCACAUAUGGCGCAAGUGGUGCUUAUAAACUGUUUUAAAUUGUAAAUAAGUGUUGUUUUCUGAAAAUGUCUAUUUAUUAUAUUCCUUUUUCCUAAACGGCACAGAAAAUGGAUGGAUGGAUGGAUGGAUGGAUGGAUGGAUGGAUGGAUAUUCCCUUGACCUUUCUUUUUUUUUCCCUUCAUCACUGCAAAGCUAUUAAUCUAUUCUUUUCUCUCUCGUUUGUAACACCUUAACACAGAAAGCGAACAAACAUUUAAAUGACAAAAUAUAAACACGUGACUCGUUAAUUAAGUCAAUUACAACAUUUGAUGUGAGUAAUAUCUGUCUAUCCGAUGGGCGUAUGUGUAGUAGUCAAAUCUCUGAGUUUUCCUGAAGGCAUCGCGGCGAACAAGCGGAAGACCUGAAGGCAUCAUGACAGUUGUCAAGCAGCCCUCGUUGCGUCAAGACUAUUAUAGUAGGAGUGACGGACACCUCCAAAGCUGCCGAAUGUCACUUUAGUUCUUUGGUAAAGAUAACCAACAUGGAAAUAUCGACACAUUGGCGGCAUUCGUAUGGAAAUAUGAGCUGGAGAAAGCCACAUGCAUUCAGGUGCAGUCAGUAAAAAGCGUCUCCGCCGUGAACCAAAUGGACCUGAAUAUGAGCCUAAACGCAAAGCACUGAGAUGAGAUCAACGGAAGGUGGAUGUUUGAAGAAGAUGUGCCUGGAUUUCUCCUCAGUCCCCCCUCUGGACAUCCCUGCAAACCCUAGGAAAGUCCACGCAAGUCCUUUGUGUUCCCAAGUUCCAUCUGGACUCAGCUUGCAGUGCUCCAAUGAAGUGCUGAAAAAUGCUCACCAGGUGUCCGCCAUCCUUCCAGGUGUAGAAGACAUCUCUGACUAUAACAGCCGAGAGGCUUCCAAGUGUGGGCCAGAUGGUGUUGAUGUGCAUCGCUCCUCUCCAUCCUCCCAAGUGCAAGCUGAUCUAAGCAGUCUUCCUCUAGCUUCAGAGCAGAACAUUUGGCAAACUGUUUUAGAGGAGGCCGUGAAGGAGACCGAGUCCAGGAGUGCUGGACUUAACAUCCGAGUGCGGAGGCUGCAGAGGAGGGUGCAGAACCUGCUGGGGGAGAUCGCCUCCCUGCAUUGCAGCCAGCAGUUGGAGGAGCUCAGCAGGUUGGGUCAACAUGGAGGUGUUCCCCCGCAGACGCACGUUCAACCACAUGUGCCCCGGGCGGCCUUGCCCUUCACAGAUCUUAGUAAUUUUAGAGACUCUAACCAGGCAUUGCUCAGACACCUGGAACAGGACUAUGACUCGGAGGCCACGGCCAGCAGCUCAGAUGAAGAGGAAGAUGAAGUCAGGUUGGCCAGAGAAUGCAAGACUCCAGUUAUAGGCAGCAGCUGUGAACACAAGUGGCUAAAAGAAAGAGCAGAGAUCGGCAGCAGAUGGUGCUGGUUGCAGCUACGCCUUGCUGACCUUGAAGGAAAGAUUGUGCAACUUGGGGAUCUCCACAGAAACAUCCGGUCCAGUAAGGGUGGCGUGGUUCUUGCUGAGUCCCAGCCACCCACAGACAGGCAGAUCCAGCAGACCCUGCUAAAGGAUAUGGCUGGCCUUUCCUGCACAGAUGCUGACUCUGAACCCUGCAGUCCUCAUCGUCUUCUUUACAACAUUGAGCGACAGAGUGCUCAGCUCAGCCAGAUCGUCAACAGUCUGAUGGUGCCUCUCAGAUUCCCAACACCCUCAAAACAACAGAUGUGGAAAGGCGGGAGAGACGCCUCCAGUGGUCACAGAGAAGACGUUUUCAUACCAUGGGGAUCAAACAGAAGAUUGAAGCGCUGCAGGACCGAUGUGUCGUGUGUUUGUGCUCGAACACGACCACUGGUCACCCACCGCAAGCCCAAAUUGUUCUUGUUCAACUCCUACAAUGUGAGCAGUCCACAGAACUUUUGGAAGUUCGCUUUCAGCUUGUCUCCUCUAUCGUCACGUUCCAGCUUGACAUCCAGCUCAAUCAGAACUCAGUCUGAGUUAACAGCCUCAUACGAAACUCCACAGAGGACUGUGGGGAGAGAAGAAUGGUCCCAGAAGCCUUUAUCCAUCAAUGUUCAACCAUGCAGUCCAUCUCACUCUAACAGAUGCAGGCUCACACUUCACAACAGCUACAGGCAUGGCAUGUGCCUGGCAUCCAUCAAGUUGCUUGAUUCCACGCGAGGUCAAUGCAGGAGACGCAAUCGGUCGAAGAGAAAGAGAAGACACGCUUUGAUAGAUGGAAUGUCUGAAGUGUAUCUGUUGAGCGCAGAGGAAAUGUUAGAAGACAUACAGGAGAAGAGCUGCAUGCAGGCUUCACGGGGCUUCACAUGUCAACACAAGCGCGGACGUGAUUACAACAUGAACAGGCUUGUCGCCAUGCCAGUGGCCGUGGUGGAGAAGAGGCUGUCCGAACAUAUUCUCACUCCAAGUUGGCGUUUUGUUGACGCCCACUGUCAAGUUGAGGAAUCAGUAAGGGAUGCUGAAGAGCGGCAAGUAGAGGUUGUCACCAAUGAGGUCUUUGCACAGAGGCACUUGGCUUUAGAGCUGAAGGAGAAAUUAUACUCAACAUCUUGGGGAAGGACAUUGUGCUGCAGGCGUUCGACAAGAUCUGGCAGCAGAUUGCGAGGCAGUGGGAGUGGGAUGUUCACAUCAGGAGAGGAGAGCUCUGUGGUGUGGAGUUCUUCUCAGCUGGAUGCUGACAAACUGCCAGACACUGAACAGGGCAUGACACACUGGGAGCCAAGGAAGUUUCCUUUGGAUGAAGAGCAAGAAGAAUGCUUGCGUGAUGACACCAUGGAGGUACAACGCCCUCUAGUGGGCCAACUAUGACCAUUACAACUAACCAUGCCUUACCAUGCCAUGUAUGCAUCUAAUAGAGAUUUGUAAAUGAAAAUGCAGCACAAGUGGGACAUUUCUGCCCGAUAGUCUACUUGCAACAUUUCAAAAACUUCUUGUUUUUGUGAUUCUAGAUUAUAUAUUCAAUAGUGUGAGAGACUGAUUUUCCUAUGUCAAUGCAUCUCAUUUGAAUAAUCACAUACACUGCAUAGUUCCAUUUUAUACAUUUGCUCAUAGGCUGAUGCAAAAUCUGACUUUUCAGCAUAUACAUUAUGCUUUAUAUGUACUAUACAUACUGCAUCUCCCUGCACAGUCACCAUUCAGCAUUCACGGCCCUGCAAAUUUGCAGAUUUUUGGUGAAAUAAAAAAAGGUUUUAUUAAAAAGAUUUUUUUUUUUUUAAUAUUGACUUAUUUGCCUGAUAAUACAUGUAAAAUGUACUGUUUGAAAAACAGUUUUUACAUAUUCACGUCUUCACUGAUAAUGUUUUUUCGUCAAGUGUUGCGAUUUUGCACUUUGUUCGGCGGCCCUUGAAUGCACCAUAUAAGUGAUGGGAACCUAAAAAUUUGUUUGAAGUGAUAGUUCGGAUUUUUUGACAUGAAGUUGUGACAUCCCCAUCAGCAGUGUAGUAUAUCAACAGUGACUUAUUUUUACGUAAUUUGGGCUUCCAGCUCAUAAAACCCACGAAAACAGGAAUUCAAAAAAUUUGAAUACUGUGAAGAAAUCAACAUUUACUUCUCAGUUUUUGCAGGAAAAAAAAGAAAGAAAUUAGGAUCACAUCAAAUCAAUCAAAAUAUGGUACUUUCAAAACGAUCAAUCUUCAAUACUUUGUUGGGAAUCCCUUUGCCUUAAUCGCUGCCUCGAUGCGACGUGGCAUUGAAGCAAUCAUCCUGUGGCAUUGCCUGGGAGUUAUGGAAGCCCAGAUUUCCUUGAUGCUUGCUGUCAGCUCUUCUUUGUUGUUGGGUCUGGUGCCCCUCAUUUUCCUCUUGAGAAUACCCCAUAGAUUCUCAACGGGGUUUAGGUCCGGUGAGUUGGCUGGCCAGUCAAGCACUGUGAUGGCAUGGGCAUCAAACCAGGUUUUGGUGCUUCUGGCGGUAUGGGCCGGGGCCAGGUCCUGCUGGAAGAUGAAAUCUGCAUCUCUAUACAGAUCCUCAGCAGAUGGAAUCAUGAAGUCCUCAAACAUUCUGGUAGACUGUUGCGGUGACCUAGGAUUUAAGAAAGCAGAGUUUACCAACACCUGCACCGGACACUGCACCCCAAAUCAUGACGGACUGUGGAUAUUUCACACUGGACCUCAGGCAGCUUGGGUUCUGUUCCUCACCCGUCUUCCUCUAAACCCUUGGACCUUGAUUCCCAAAUGAAAGGCACACUUUCAUCGGAAAAGAGGACCUUGGACCACUGGCCAACAGUCCAGUCCUUCUUCUCCUUGGCCCAGUGGAGACGCUUCCUACGUUGGCUCAGGUUCACAAGUGGCUUGACCCGAGGAACCCGACAGUUGUAGCCCAUCUCCCGGAUGCGUCUGAAUGUGGUGGUUUUUGAAGCUGUGACUCCCGCCUCAUUCCACUCUUUCUGGAUCUCUGCCAGAUUCUUGAAUCUUCCCUGUUUGAUAAUCCGCUGAAGCCCACGGUCAUCUCUUUUGCUGGUGCAUCUUCUCCUGCCACAUUUUGCCCUUCCUUGAGACUUUCCAUUGAUAUGCUUGGACACAGCACUCUGAACAACCAGCCUCCUUAGCUAUGAACUUUUGUGGCUUACCCAUCCUAUGGAGGGUAUCAGUGAUGGUCUUCUGGCCAGUUGUCAUGUCUGCAGUCUUCCCCAUAUUGAACCCAACUGAGACAAUUGAACCAAACUGAAGCAAUUUAAUGACACCUGGGGAAGCCUGUGCAGGUGAUUUGAGUUUAGUAGAUGAUUAGUGUGUGAUACUCAGUUUAAAACAUUCAUGCCCUGCAAAAUUUGGGCUGAUUUCUUCACAGUAUUCUAAUUUUUUGAAUUCCUGUUUUCGUGGGUUUAAUGAGCUGGAACCCCAAAUUAUGUAAAAAUAAACAAAUAAAUACUUGAAAUCGUUUAAAUUGUGGGCCCUGAAUCUAUAAUCUAUGAAAGUUUAACUUUUUGAAUGGAAUUAUGGAAAUUAAACAACUUUUCCAUGACAUUCUAAUUUUUUGGAAAGGGUCUGUACACUACAUACUCAUGUUUAUGUAACUUCUGUUUUGUAUUUUUCACUCCCUUGUGCAGUUUGAUAUCAUUGUGGAACAUUCACAAUUGUUUCUGAAUGAAGAUUGU